GCGGUUGCGAAGCUCAAGCACUGCUGUUCUUUGCAGUCGAGCAUGAAUUAGGAGGAGGAAAACGGCGAUUCUGAAUUGAGCUCUCAGAUGGGUUUUGCAGUUUUAGGGUUUUCUUCUCCUCCAUUUCCAACUGGGCGUCUCUAUUCCGCCAACGGCUGCUCUCAGAGUGCGACUAAUGGCGGUGGCGCGGUGGAGAAUCCUAUCCACAAGGUGAAGCCUACAGUUGCAGUUCCCCAGUAUAAGUGGCGUUUGGUUAUCGCUUAUGACGGCACCCACUAUGCAGGUUGGCAAUUUCAACUUUCUCCUCCAACCAUACAAUGUCUUGUAGAGAAUGCUUUAAUUCGGAUAACAAAGCUUGGAAGGGAGGAUCUUUGUUUUGUUGGUGCGGGGCGGACAGACGCAGGAGUUCAUGCCUGGGGUCAGGUGGCACACUUUGUUACACCUUUCAAUUAUGAUAGCUUGGAAAGCAUUCAUGCAGCUCUAAAUGGUCUUCUUCCUUCUGAUAUCCGGGUUAGAGAUAUCAGCGCUGCAGUGCCUGAAUUUCAUGCUCGGUUUUCAGCAAAGGGCAAGGUUUACCACUAUAAGAUUUAUAAUGACACCAUCAUGGAUCCAUUUCAGCGCCACUAUGCUUACCAUAGUGUCUAUAAACUCAACACUGCUGUGAUGAGAGAAGCUGCAAAACAUUGUAUCGGAAGGCAUGAUUUCUCAGCUUUUGUUAACGUGUCACGUAAUGAUCGAGUACUGGAUCCAGUGAAGACUAUAUUCCGUUUUGAUAUCAUUGAAAUGGUAGUUUUUUUUUAUCAUGAAGAUUAGUUUCCUUGCAACAUUGGUCUAGUCUCAACUUAUUUUCUUUUACCUACCAUUUUGUUCCCUCUCAGUAUCUCAUUAGCUUUCUAGCAUCAAGUGACCUUUUUAUCUUUCCUGUAAAAUCAGACUAAGUGCAAACUAUAAGUGAAAAAUCAGGUUAUGAUUCUGCAAGUUUGCUGUUAUUCAGGGAGCUCUUUUGCAGCUGGAAGUAGAAGGUUCAGGUUUUUUGUAUAGACAAGUUCGGAACAUGGUUGCUUUGUUGCUUCAAAUUGGAAGGGAAGCAGUUCCUCCUGACAUUGUUCCAAAGAUUUUGGCAACCCGUGAUAGGAAAGAGCUGGCCAAGUUUGCCUUGUCUGCCCCACCUCAUGGCCUGUGUCUUGUGGCUGUCAAAUAUAAUGAAGACCACCUAAGGCUUCCCUCAGGUUGCCCCCCAACUAGCUUUGGUAGGCAUCACACUGUUAGCAAAUGUAAGCUUCCCUUCUAUUGAAAUGUUGAGUUGGAACUUGAAAGGGGAUUGGAGGGCUCAUAAAUUCUGCAGGUUGCUUUGUGUCUUCUCCUGAACAUACAAGAGGCAUAAAGGUUUGUCUCACAGAAACGAAGUUCUAUCAUGAAUUCUUUAUGCUUUGGGGAUACCAAGCAACGGUCUUUGCUGAAACAAGGACUUGCACUGCAUACUCAAGGGCAUCCCCCAUGGGAGCUUAUUCAUUCUCGCUCUGUUUCCCAACUAUAUAAUUUUUAUUUUUGCCCAUGUAGCAUUACAUUUUUUUCUCAUAUUAAAAAGAGUAAAAUCAUAUACAGAAAAAAUCACAACUCAAAAAAAAAAAAAAAACAAUAAUAAUAAUUUUCAAUUAAUAAU